AUGACCAAGUUCCAUAUCUUCCAUAAGGUGGUCAACGUGCUAGUCUACCUCGUUUUCCUUUCCUCGACCGUUUACAGUGUCGUUGGUCCUGCACCUGGUGACACCUCUGUUGAUGAUGGCCAAACCUAUAUCACGCCAUCCUUCUGGAUCGAAUACUUGUGGACCCUUAUUCAUAUCCUCUUGGGAGGCUUUGUCAUUUAUCAAUGGUUCGAAGAUGCCCAUGAAGCUGCCCUUCAUGGUGUUGGCUGGCACUUUGUUAUUUCGGUUAUCUUGAGCGCCAUUUGGCUCGCUCUCAUCAAGCACUCCCACUACAUUAUUGGUUUCAUUUUCUUGUUGCUCACCGCCUCCUCUGUAUCCUAUGUCUUUUAUAACUUGGAGAAGAACUAUCCUGCCAACUCUUGGUGGGACAAGCUUUUCAUCCAUGCCCCCUUUUCCUUGUGGCACGGCUGGAUUGUCUUUUCCGCGGUGAUUGGUUUCUUCCAAGCCUUUACCGGUGUCCAUGAAGAUGGUCCUGGUUUCUGGAGCCGUCUCUUUGUCAUCAUCGGCAUGGGUGUCCUUGUGGUCACUGCUGUUGGCUACGUCGAAUACAAGAAGGAAAAGGGUGACCUCACUGGUGCCUUGGUCAUUGCCUUGGGCUUGCUUGCUGUUUUCACUAACCAACAUGAUCCUUGGAUCCACUGGUUUGCUUUGGCCUUCGCCAUCAUCACCUUCUUGUACCCUGCUCGUCCUUAUAUCUUCAAGUGGUUGGGCCGCUCUUCGGAUACCGAGAAUGCUCCUCUCUUGGGUUAA